GCCUCGAUAUGACCCACAUUUGAUACACACAGGAAGUUACUUGGUUGAACAAUGGAUAACAACAAAAUGACAUCUACGAAGAUUCCAACGGAGGCCAGAGAUCUUCACAAUCAACUGGUCAUCGACCUCCACGACCAUAUAAACUCUAAAGUGGACGAACACGACUUCGAAAAGCUACUGCAUCGUUUGAAAUUGAAACUACCACCAAUGGCACUGCUAGGCUGCAAAAAUGUGAUUGAUGUUAUUGAAAAGUUACAAAAGAAAGGUUAUGUACGACCAGGGAAAUACGAGGAAUUUAAGAAACUGAUCGAGUGUAUCGAUAUAGGUUGGGUGGAUGUGAUUGAUGACCGAGCAGAGAAAAUAAUCAAAAUCAUCGACGAUGCCAAUAAAUCCCAGAAAAUCGCUUCUCCCAUGGAAGACCAGCGAAAAUUGGAUAUGAAACGGAAGUUGGAAGAUGUUGAACAGGAAGCCCCGUCCCAAGACCCGGACGGACCAACACACGCAUCAAAGAAACGGAAAUCCAGAUCUGAAUAUUCCAAGAGUGACGAGCAAGUGGGACUAGCAAUCAUCCUUAACUUUACAAAAGGGAGGCUCGGGUCUGUGGUGGAUUUUAAAAGAAUCCAGAAGUUUUUCCGAAGUACACUGAAGUUUGAGUGUCACAUAGAAGAAGAUUUAUCAAAAGAGGCACUGCAGGAAUUCCUGGAGGAAACGGCCAACAUGUUCAACACUAAGAGAACAGCGGCGAAGUAUUACUGCGUUCUAGUCUUCAUUAUGAGUCACGGAAAUGAGGAAGGCAUUCUGAUGGAUGAUGGCAAACACAUUUCACUGGACGACAUAGUAGCUUAUUUUAAAAAUGACAAGUUAAAGUAUAUUGUAGGGAAACCAAAGUGUUUCUUCGUGCAGGCGUGUCGUGGUAGCUCUCCUCAGGGCGCUGUAGAUUUGUCUGAUGAUAAAGAGGAAAUGAUGAUUGACGAAGUGGUAGGGAAGGUCUCCAUCCCCACGGACGCCGACCUCUUAAUAGCGUACGCCACCACUCCAGGUUACUAUGCCUACAGAAGACCAACCAUAGGCUCGUGGUUUUUCCACAACGUGAUUGAAAUCUUCAGCGCCCAUUAUACCGAGGAACACGUGGAAGACAUGCUGAUUGAUGUUAAAGAGGCUCUGGCUUACGACCCCGAGUGGCAGACUAAUGAAGGGUACAAACAGAUGCCGUGCACUUGGUCCACACUCACCAAAAGGUUCUUCUUAAAGUCCUCAGUAGAGUAACAUCUAGAGCCUCAAAAGUUAGCAAAGUUACAUUUAGAGCCUCAAAAGGGAACAAAGUUACAUUUAAGGCUUAAACAGGGGGAGGGGGGGGGGGGAGGGGGGGGGGGGGGCUAAGUUACAUUUAGGGCCUCAGUCUAGUCAGAGUGCACAGUACGGAAUGCAGAGCAACACACGGGCUCUUAUUGAACGAGGUGGAGAAAAUAUGUGGGAAGCAGAGUUUUAUUGUGACGAAUUGACAAAUAAAAAUCCAAGAUAUUUCUCCGA